AGUUUACGGCUUCAGCACUUUAAAAAAGCACUUUUUUAUAUUCAAACAAUUACGGAGCCAUAACAACCACCACACUUAGCUACAAACAUUGUUUUCAUUUGUUUAGCUAUAGAGCUAUAAACUGUGGUUAGAUAUGUGAAUUGUGUAUUACACUCAAUUUAUGGGGUCUUUUUUGUCGGUUUUAGCUGGCCUUUUUAUAUACAUUAAUUUGGGAGAUUUUUAAGUAAGAUAUUUUACUAAAUAUAGCUACAGAUACGGAUAUAUGCAAACAUGGACUGCUGUACACAAGCAAUGUAAAACGUUUGCUAUUGUGUGCAUUAUUUUCCGUCAAAAGAUAGACAUUCAGUCGACAAUGUUGCUGACUUUGACAGUAAUUGUUUUGAAUCUUGUCAUCCCUGUUUUUGGAACUGAUAAUGAUGCUUCCAGCAAAGCACACAGUACCAGUGAGGGCUACUUUAUUUCAAUAUGGCAGAACAGGUUGUAUUUGUACUCUGCGCAGUAUCAGGCUGACUUCCUGGUGUGGAAAGCAAAGUUCUUGGUGCGGCUCCAGGCCCUGUCCAAAGGAGAGAAGAAGAGCUGCUUGGGGAACUGUGCCUGUAAGACCAAGAAGAAAAAGAAGAACCAGGAGCCGCCAGAGGAGGAGCAGGCUCCUCCAGGAGCGCCCACCUUGGAGGAAAAGUUAGUGGACUCCUGUAGUGAUGAGUCAGCUGGACAGGAGAAGAGGCCAGGCUCGGUCAUAGAUGUGGAGGACUUAGGGGACAUCAUGAACAGCCUCAAGAAAGUCAAGAGCAAAGAGGAAGGUGAUGGGGAACCCUGGAUGGUGAAGCUGAAUCAAGUGAGAAAGAGAGAGGAAGAGGAGGAGAGGAGAGAGAUGAUCACCCCAGCCCUGAGGGAAGCACUGACCAAGCAAGGAUACAAACUGAUUGGAACUCACUCAGGAGUAAAGCUGUGUCGUUGGACCAAGUCCAUGCUGAGGGGAAGAGGAGGCUGCUACAAACACACUUUCUAUGGCAUUGAGUCUCACAGGUGUAUGGAGACGACCCCUAGCCUGGCCUGUGCUAACAAGUGUGUCUUCUGUUGGAGACACCACACUAACCCAGUGGGAAUGGAGUGGCGCUGGAAAUUGGACCCUCCAGAGAAGAUCUUGCUGGAAGCCAUGGAAAACCAUCAGAAUAUGAUACACCAGUUCAAAGGUGUGCCGGGGGUGCGGCCAGACCGCUACGAAGAGGGCCUGUCUGUGAAACACUGCGCGCUCUCCCUGGUUGGCGAGCCAAUUAUGUACCCCGAAAUCAAUGCCUUCCUUUGUCUCCUUCACACCCACCACAUCUCAAGCUUUCUGGUCACCAAUGCGCAGUUCCCAGAAGAAAUCAGGAAUCUGGUGCCAGUCACACAGCUGUAUGUCAGUGUGGAUGCCAGCACAAAAGAGAUUCUGAAGAAGAUCGACCGGCCACUCUUCACAGACUUCUGGCCUCGCUUCCUAGACAGCCUUAAAGCCCUGGGUGAGAAGAGACAGAGGACCGUGUACAGACUAACGCUAGUGAAGGCCUGGAAUGUGGUGGAGCUGAAGGCCUACUCAGAGCUCAUUGCCUUGGGACAGCCAGACUUCAUCGAGGUCAAGGGGGUGACGUACUGCGGGGAGAGCUCGGCCAGUAGCCUGACCAUGGCUAACGUGCCCUGGCACGAGGAGGUGGUGCACUUUGUCAAGCAGCUAGCUGACAUGCUGCCACAGUACGAGAUCGCCUGCGAGCACAAGCACUCCAACUGUCUGCUGAUAGCCCACAAGAAGUUCAAGGUAGAAGGGGAGUGGUGUACGUGGAUUGACUAUGACGGCUUCCAGGAGCUUGUGCAGGCCUACGAGAAGAGCGGUGGCCGGCAGGUAUUCUCAGCCCAGGACUACAUGUCCAAAACCCCCCACUGGGCCCUGUUUGGGGCCAGGGAUCAAGGCUUCGACCCGGCGGACACACGCUUCCAAAGGAGGAACAAAACCAAAGACAUUUCUGGAUGUUGAUCUAGCAAGAGCGAACGAGAGUAGAUGGUGAUGGAGAGAUAGUAAGUGGGAGGGAGCAGUUCAGUUUCACAUUACCUUUGACUUUUAAUUGUCAUAAUCAGUUUUAAGGUGUCAAAUCUCACCUGUCUUUAUCGUUUUGUUUUGAAAUGAAAUAAAAAAUGAUUUUUUUUCUUCUGUGUUUUUCAAACAGAAACUGCAAGGUUCAAUCUCUCCAAACCAGCCUUUUUUCUUUUCUAUUUUUUUACUGUUGUUUCCAUGCUUACAGUACUUCAAAUGUUUAUUCUUUUUACUGUCAUUAUGACAUUAACUUGAUUUGUUUUUGCUAACUAGCACUAGAUGAUUGCACUAUUUAGGUUUGGUAGCUGGUGUGUACCUGGUGUGUGUAUGUCUUCCGUCCCCCCCACGUUUGAGGAGGAGAGAGGGGGUCAUGAGGAUCCUGUGAAGGAGGAGGGCUAAAGUACUCAGUGUAUCACUAGACCUGCUCUAGGCUCCAAUCACCCCUCAUGUGCACAACUCGAGCUGGUCUGCCACUGCCAAGUGUCCACUGAAUUAUCUUUACCUCAUCAAAUUGUUCUUUGAAAAUAUCCAGUUCUACCUUGUCAUAUUUUUGUUUCACACUCAUUCUGUGUUCUAUUCAUGUUUCUGCAAUGCCUGGCAAACAGGGUGCGUAACGGAUGAUGUUUACUGUAUCAUUGCAAUAAAUGUAUAUAUACGACAACAAAAUUCCUUGUUCUAUGUUCAGUGAAUCAAUCGACUGGUAUGGUGAGGCUUGUUGAAAGCCGUGUCAUAAUGGACGAGCACAGUAUGCUGCAGUCUGCAUCUGCCCACAGCUUUCGCUUCCAACAUGUUUUUGGUCCCCUUUCAUCGGCUCUUGAAUUAGAACCUGACAUUUACAGGCUCUUGUAAGCCCAGUAGCCGGGCUUCAGUGUCUUCACUGCUUUUGUUUAUUGGUCAGUUAAGUAGGUCUUUGACCAAUCAGUCCAUAUGUUUGCUUAUUUUUUACAGUGUCUAGACUGA